UUCAGUGUUCAGCAGCAGUGGGACGAAGAUGGUUGUUAUGUUGAUAAGUUGAUAAGAAUACGGAUAUCUGUGCAAUAAUAGAUUUUUAACAGGAUCAACUAACAUCAUAUCCAGUAAGAUGUUUUGCGGGCUUGCAAUGGGAUUGUGACGUCACAUGCGGUAAGGGGCAUGGCGAGCAAGGGUGAGACUGGGGUAACACCCCUCUCACCGUCCGCUGCGCCACAAAACAAGAGGCCCACAAUUCUCGUGUACCCUACUGUGUCUCCGGAAUCGAUCGUGAUCCCCAUCGUAUCCUGCAUUCUGGGAUUUCCUCUGCUGGCCUUGUUGGUGAUUUGCUGCCUAAGACGACGAGCCAAAUUGGCCCGAGAACGGGCGAGGAGACGUGCCGGGAACUACGAUACAGACCAUGGAGCUCUCUCAUUGGUGCGUUUCAGCCCUAUUCACAGACUAGUAGGUUCUGGCAGGACACGGGCAGUGAGCCUGAGAAGUGAGCGCACGAUGAGUCGCGGAUUUCCGUCGCUGGAGCUGGACACUGUGGUGGAAGAACGCUCUGAUCCUGACCCUGAGAUGACGACCACAGAGGUGCUGAUGACACCUGACAGCUAGCAGGAUCCUCCACGUGCCGGUGGGCAGGUGUCAGUAGGAGUCCAGGUCCACGUACACAUGUCGGGGGUUGACCAGACACCUCUGUGGAUGACCCUCACUGCCUCGCCUGUCCACACCCCCAGCUGAUCUCAGUGAGUGGGGCUAUAAAAUUCUGCAGCCCUGGUCCUUUCUGGAUGACUACUACCCACCACACUUGGUCGUUUCACUGAGUGAAGGUCAGAUAUAACAUUUUUCAGUCUGUUUAAGCGGCCCAUCCACGUACGAAUCUGUGGCUUGGCUCGGGUUCCAUCGAGCCAAAUUCGUUUGUGGGUGGGGUGUCACGAGCCGAGUCUGCUAUGCAUGUGUGGUGAAAUAUAUCCGAGCCCGGCUCAAGAGUCAAGCUCGCCGAGCCAAACUCGCGAGUCAGACUCGUACGUGGAGGGCCGCUUAAGAAUAUCUAUGGUCUCACUUCUGGGAGAUGGGUGGGUUAUAAUAAAAUUAAUGAAAACUGCCUUGUAUUACUACAAUUUUUUAAUCAGUUGUGUUGUAUGUUGAUCACUUUACUCACAAUUUUCUAAUUAAAUUUGACCAAAUAUUAUGUUUUAUAAAUUCUCAGGCAUUUCAAGGUAUAUUAAAAAAAACAGAAUUUGUGAACUCCUGCCCUGUAGAUGCAGCUUUCACUGUAUUUGUCUGUCGGGUAAGAGCAUUUUAAUAAUGUUUCGUAACUUUUAGAAAUUUAUUGGCCAAAUUUAAUUUUGGUCUAAAUUUGAAAAUGUACCACCGAGUUAAUAAAUGUACACUUUCACUAGAGCAGAAAAUUAUUCAAAUUGUACCUUUCGACAGCUAAAUUUUUAAGUACGUAGAAGUCACAAAUACCAACACUAACACCAAAAUAUGAGGUAAUGAAACAAAUGUGACAUCGUAGAUUUUUCAUAGCAAAUAUUUAAUAUGAAAGAAGCAUCUUGUCAUUCUAUUUAAUAACUGUGUUGAUAUGUUAUUUAAUCAAAUAAAACAACAUUGAGUUGUGAAUAAAUUAAUAAGAAACCAGAAUAUUUCAUUGCAGUCAACAGUAAAAUUGCUAUAUAGUGCAAUUCUAUAUAUGAGUAAAGAUUUUUGUGAAUUCGUAGAUUUUUGUCUUCGGCUAUCUGUGGACAUGGAAUUUUCUUUUAUUUACUGUUUGCGUGGUAAGCAGAAUUCGAGAAUUUCUUUAGCGCCUUGUAAAAUAAUCUAGUCAUUCUCUGUUUUAAUUAUACGCUCUCAGCUAAAAUUACCACCAACACGAAACAUCAAUCACCUUAAUGUGGUCAUUCAAUUCAUGCCCUUUCCUGUUCUCUUCAACUUCUCUAGUGGAAUGUCAAAUAGAAAAAUGCAAAUGCAAAAUGCCUAAUGUCACAAUAUUUUACCUGUGUCUUGCUAAGAAAAUAUUUGUACUUAAUUAUUUAUGUACAUAACAUAUUAUUGCUCUUACCUGUGUGGAAACUUUAUAUUCUAUUAAAGAAAUUUGUGUACUUCUUAAAUUAUAAUGUAAGAAUUACGGGCACAAGUGCAUAUUUAUGUUAGGGCGCACAAACAUACAUCAAUGACGACGGUGGUGACCUGAAGACAAUUGUAAAUUAGACAGGCCCCGCCUUUCUGUUUAUGCCUCGUGUUGUAACCACGCCCACAAGUAAGUGCAAUGAAAGAACCAGAACAAAUUUCAUCAUUUCCUCCCAAAAUGAUGACAGAAGAAUGAAGCAGUUCAAAAAUACGUAACACCAUCUAACAAAUUUCAUGGCGGAAAGUCGUUCUUGAGAAGUUAAUUGUCGCUGAGAUAGUCAAGAAAUUCACUGCCUUUUAUGGAACCAAAAGGUUAAUUACGAUGUUUACAAGAGUCUCCCGUUGUUCCCUAACCCAAGCCAGAUGACUGUAGUCCCAGUCAUUUCCACGAGAUCCAUUUUAAUAUUAUCCUCCCUUCUACACUUAGGCCAUGCAAGUGUUCCCUUCAGGUUGUGUAAAUAAAAUGUUUGUGGGCA